AUGUUUCGAUAUGGGAGAAAUCCAGAGGAAGGCAGGUCAGGUCAUGCAUGUCUCGAUCCGGGCGAGAAACAGAGCGAUGGCCGCUUCAAAUCGGCUGGUGAGACUGAGAAGAGAGAGGCAGAGCUGCGGUUGCUCCAAAUCGAUUGUCUUGAUGUCGCCGCCGCCGCCAUGGAAUCGGAUGAGAGGCAAGCAGAGAGGGUGAGUGAGAUAGAGUGGGAUUUGGGAGAUGGGAGGGUGGUUUUUGGCUUUGCCGUUGGAAGAGAUUGGAGAGAAGGGAAGAGAUCGAAGAAAGGCGGCUACGCCUUUGAGUGUGAGCUCGAGGGAGACGAUGUAGGGUUGUGGAGUCGGGCUUUAGGGGUUUGGGAGGGUUGGUGGGCCUGUAGCUGGGCUCCGGCCUAA